AUGUCCAUCACCGCGGCGCAAGCGAGCGAGGGCGCGAGCCCCGUGCCAGCGAGCGCGCCCCUCGUCCCCGCGAGGGACAAGCGAAGUCUCGGCCCUUCCCAGGACGGCUGUGCGCCGCCCUGUUGCUCGCUGUGGACGCUAAACGCGAUCGCCGCGGCGGUGCACGGCGCGUGGUUCGUCGUCUUCAUCCUCCUGUGGCGCUUCGACACGCGGGAGGACGGAGAGAGGCGCGACAUCACGUACCCCCUGUGGGUUUCGCACGCAACCUGGGGCGAACUCCCCCAACCCCCGAUACCCCCGCUGCUCGCCACCGCCAUCGACCGUCUCGCCGCCGACGACCUCGCGCUCUCGCGCUUCGACUCCAACGCCGGGUACCCGACGUGCGAGCCGCCCAGAUCCGCCAAGGUGGGCUCCAUGCCCGUCUCCCCCGCCGCCGAGGACACCGGCCUCGUGCUGUCGCUCCACUGGCUCGUGGUCAGCUUCUUCGCCUUAUCCUUCGCGUUUCAGUUCGCCGCCGCGGUCUUCGACCUGGCGGCGCGGGCUCGACGCAGGCGCCACCGGCGCAUAGUCAUCGGCGACACCUCCGCGGACGUGGCGCGCGCGGACGACACGAACGACUCGGAAACGCGCGAGUCCGUCUCGGCUUGGCUACGUUUCGUCGAGUACGGUUUCUCAGCCGCGGUGAUGAUCGUCGCCAUCGCCCUGCAGGUCGGCCUCAUGGACGCCUGGAUGCUCUUCGCGCUCGCGACGCUCACCUGGGCGACGAUGAUGCUCGGCCUCGCGGGCGAGAGGAUCCUCGUCGUCGAGAGAAGGAUUCGCAGAGUCGUCAUCGGUCUCGAACGCCGCGACGGGGCGUUGGACCCGGAGGCGUGCCCGGGUUUGGAGAUGUCCGUCGAGCGAUCCCUACCGAUGGCGAGGUGGGCGACGCACCUCACGGGGUGGGUCACCCAGGGCGUCGUCUUCGUCGUCAUCAUCGCGCACUUCUUCCAGUCGCAGGGAACGUGCGAGUUUGACGGUACCGGCGAGGACAACGUCGCGCCCGAUUUUGUCUACGCAAUCGUCUUUGGCGAACUCGGGCUCUUUGCCCUGUUCGGAUUGACGCAGAUGUGCCAGUUCUUGUCACACGACUACGGCUGGUGCGUCGACGACGAUGGAACGUCCACCGCGUGCUGCUCCGUCGAGGCUGCGUACAUCGUGCAGUCGCUGGUGAGCAAGACUCUUCUGGGAUGGCUCGUGUACGGAGGUAACUUUGCUCCCAACUGA